CAGGCGGACCUGCGGAGGAAACAGAAACCCGGAGCGCGGAGGGGCGGCCGCCCCGCCCGCCCGCUGCCGACGGGCUGACCCUGAAUCGAAACCCAGGCUCCCCCAGGCCGCACAGCCAGAGCCAGGGGCUCCCGCCGGCGCCCCCAGGUGAACCCCACCCCCAGGAAGCCAUGACAGAGGCCGGGAAACUGCCCCCGCCGCUACCCCCACGACUGGACUGGUUCGUGCACACCCAGGUGGGCCAGCUGGCCCAGGACGGCAUCCCCGCGUGGUUCCACGGGGCCAUCUCGAGAGAGGACGCUGAGCACCUGCUGCGGCCACAGCCACCGGGGGCCUUUCUCAUCAGAGUCAGCCACAGCCACGUGGGCUACACGCUGUCCUACAAAGCCCAGGGCUGCUGCCGCCACUUCAUGGUGAAGCUCUUGGACGACGGCAGUCUCGUGAUGCCCGGGGAGACGGCGGCCCACGCCUCGCUGGCCGACCUGGUCACCUUCCACCAGCAGCAGCCAAUCGAGUUGCACGGGGAGCUGCUGACACAGCCCUGCGGGCAGAAUGACCCCGAAAACGUGGAUUACGAGGAUCUCUUCCUUUACUCUUACACUCUGGCUGAGGAAGCCGCCAGCCCCUCCCGUGACCCCAGGGAGCAUCAGAUGUCUUCUUCCUGCCCGGAGGCCUCACCUGAGGAGGCCUCCCCAAAGCCAGCCCCGCCGGGUCGGCCAAAGGACAGCAAGCCAUCAGCAGGGGCGGACGGAGCACCCACAGCGGACGACGGCCCUUCCUCCUGCCCCACGAAAGCUCCUUUGGGGGACGCCUGGGAGAAACUCUGGAGGAACCUCAAGACGCUCCCCCAGAGGGGCAGGAGAGUCCAGCAGCGGCUGAGGGCCCAGCUCCGGUCCGUGAGCUUGUCGUCGCUCUGGGACUCGGGGGGGUGGAGAGCGACCGGUGGCCCCGGGGCCGGGGCGGGCAGGGGGGGGCCCUCAGGGGCUGGGGCCCUCGAGGACGGUGUCUGCCGGGAUUCCUCGAGGCCCCAAGCUCUAAGAGACGGAAAUGUCCCCUCCAGGAAGACCAAGCGGUCGGUCAGCUGGGACCAGGCGGCUCCUGGGGACGGGAGCUGGUGCCAGGCAGCAGCGAGGGCCCUGUCCUGCCCGGCGGCCCGGCCGGAGUGGAGGGGCGUGGGGGAGCCCCAGGAGGACCAGCUCCCCGAGGAGUACCGCCCGCCGCCCCCCUUCGCCCCUGGGUACUGCUAGGGAACGGGGCCGCCCUGCUCCAGAGCCUCCCCUGUCAGAGGCUGCCACAGUCCUGUUGUCCUCACUCCUCCAUCACCCCAUGCCAGCCCCGGGGAGCCCGGGGGGACGUAAUAAAGACGGUGUGUGCGUCCA